AUGUGCUGCUGGCGCGGGGGGAUGAUGCUGGCGGGGCCGCAGCUGGUGGCUGGGCCGGCGGCGCCGGGCGGAGAGCGGGCCCGGCUGCUCUCGCUCUACGUGCAGGACUACCUGGAGUGCGUGGAGUCGCUGCCGCUGGACAUCCAGCGCAACGCCUCGCUGCUGCGGGAGAUGGACACGCAGUGCCAAGAAGCGUUAAAAGAAAUAGAUGAUGUCUAUGAAAAAUACAAGUCGGAAAAUGACCCAGUUCAGAAAAAACGCUUGCAGCAGCAUCUUCAGCGUGCAUUAAUCAACAGUCAAGAACUUGGAGAUGAAAAAAUUCAGAUAGUUACUCAGAUGCUAGAACUGGUAGAGAAUAGAGCCCGUCAAAUGGAAACACACUCUCAGUGUUUUCAAGAUCUGUCUGAGAACGAAAAGCCUCUAGAAAAGGCAAAGAUGGAGUCGUGCCAGCCAGAGAGAUCUUCCCGCAGACCCCGUCGCCAGCGAACCAGCGAGAGCCGUGAUCUGUGCCACAUAGCCAAUGGUAUCGAUGACUGCGAUGAUCAGCCGCCUAAGGAAAAGAGAUCGAAAUCUUCCAAGAAGAAAAAACGCUCCAAAGCCAAACAGGAGAGGGAGGUUUCACCUGUAGAAUUUGCAAUUGAUCCCAAUGAACCAACUUACUGCUUAUGUAACCAAGUGUCUUAUGGCGAAAUGAUAGGAUGUGACAAUGAACAGUGCCCUAUUGAGUGGUUCCACUUCUCCUGUGUUGGACUCACCUACAAACCCAAGGGGAAAUGGUAUUGCCCUAAGUGCAGAGGAGACAAUGAGAAAACAAUGGACAAAUGUACUGACAAAUCAAAAAAGGAUAGAAGAUCGAGGUAGUGAAAGCAAUUUAUGUUUUAAAGAGUUACUCCUUUUAUAUUAAAAUGUUUCAUUUCAAUGAAAACAUUGAAAAACAGUGAAAAGAACACUGUUUUAGGAAAUGCAUAAGACUAUGCAAUAAUUUUUAAUCUAUACUAUUAAUGGAGUAUUAAAAGCUGUUAUAUACCUUCUGUGAUCUUUAACUUUCUGCACUGAAUAACCAAAUAAUUGAAACAGGGUGGCUUCAGACCUUUCACAGAAGACAUUACAAGCAUAUGGAGCUUGAUUCCAAUUUAACCCAUUAGUAUUUUAAAGAACCUUGUGAAUUUUGAACUAAUGGUGGUGGGAAAGAUACUGAAGAACUUCUCAUGUUAUGGUAAAGGUGUUGAAAGGCCUCACGUAACUGCUAGCAUCUUAACAACUGAGUUUGUUCUUUAUCCCAGGUUUUACGUUUUCAGUUUUUGUGUUAACAUCACACAUUUGGAGUUAGGGUUUUUGAAUUCAGCUGUAACUGUAAAAGUCUUCCGAGCUAAAAGCAGACCUCUUCAGUGACUUUCAUAUGACCAGUAUGUUAUUUCAAGGAAAAAAAUACCACUAACUUAAGCUUUUUUUUUUUUUUUUUGUCAAUAUUAAACUCUUGUCUUUGUGACUUUA